AUGGCUCAAUUCGGAUUCCAUACAACUUCUGACGAGGCUGCCACAGCCCUCAGAGACGCCAUCACCGGCAAGACCAUUCUGGUCACUGGCGUCAGCCCCAACUCUCUCGGUUCAGACACCGCUCGAGCCAUCGUCGCCCAAAAGCCCGCCAAACUCCUCCUCGCCAGCCGCUCGGCCCACAAGCUCGAAGAAGUCAUUGCCUCCCUCGACAUCCCCCAGGGAACCACAGUCCAGCCCAUUGAGCUCGACCUCUCCUCUUUGGAAGCCACUCGCAAAGCCGCCGCCGAAAUCCGCGACUCCGUGUCCGUCCUGGAUGCAGUCAUCUGCACCGCCGGCGUCAUGGCCACGCCAUCAUACGAGAAGUCGAAAGACGGCAUCGAGCUGCAGUUCGCCGUGAACCACCUCGGACACUUUCUCUUGAUCAACUUGCUGAUUGAGAAGCUGCUUGCUUCUGAGCAUGCCACCGUCGUGAUGUACACGAGCGAGGCGCAAUCACGAGCCAAUCUGGACUUUCUGGAUGACUUGUCGUACAAUGAGGGCAAGGCGUACGAGAAAUGGACGGCUUAUAGCAAUUCCAAGGCUUGCAAUGUGCUCUUUGCAGUGGGACUGGCGAAGCGCUUUGGGGAGGCUGGAUUGCGCUCUUUCAGCGUUGACCCGGGUGUUAUUGUCUCGACGGGUUUGACGAGGAGUGUGCCCAUGGAGGACUUUAAGACGCUCGGCUGGGUUGAUGACAAUGGAAACCUCAACUCUGCCAUCAAGGCCAAGAGUCUGGCCGAGGGUGCGUCGACCGCAAUCAUUGCUGCUUUCGACCACCGCCUCACCAACAAGGAUGGCUAUUAUUUAGCCGACGGAGUCCUGACGAAAGAGGGCGUGCUGCCUGGCGCUCUCGACCCUGCAGUUGCAGACAAGCUGUGGAAGGUCAGUGAAGAUUUGACGAAGCAGGCGGCUUAA